ACCAUUGACCGUUGAGUCAAACCUUAAAUUUUCUAUUUAACAUUCACAUUGACUAUAUAAUGUAAAUGCUUAGCUUAUCAACAUUAUCCCAUAACACCAAAUUUGUAAGUUAUAAGUUACAAAUCAAAACCAUAGUAUAUUAUAAUGUCGUGUUAUUCCAGUGAAUGGCCGUAUGACCAAGAUCAAAGUACUGGUAAUUCGAGUUUAAUGAGUCAUUAUUUGAAUGAUCUAAGGCCAGCAACUAAGAAGAAAUCUAGAUGCUCAAAAAAGCAGUCACCUGUAACAAUAUUGAAUGCUGAUGUAUCGAAUUUUCGAGCUUUGGUGCAGCAGCUAACAGGCCGCCCUAGCGAGCCUACUAGGCUCAGGGCGAAGAAAGGUCCGCUUACCAUUAACUUUAGGCAAGCAAAAGAGGUUGAUGAUGUUAUGUUUCCGUUCGGGUUCAGUAAUAACAAGUACCAUCAUCAGCAGCAGCCUAUAUAUGCUCAACAUAAGCAACAAGGUUUUUCGGGACCUCGUGUAGGUGAUCAUAUGAUGUUGUUAAGCAAUGAGCAAAGCAGUCAGACAUCAGUUUCAAGAGUUAUUGAUCAGCCUAGGAUGAAUAUGGAGGAGUUUGAUGAUAUCAAUAUCGAUAAGUGUUUAGAAGAGCUAGCUAGCAUAGAUGGGAGUGGCUACCACCACCAUUGUUGACAGUAGUGAUGUAUGAUGAUCGUUCUCUACUUCUUUUAUCUUUUACUUGGUUCACUCUUUAACACUUUUUUCAUUGUUGUAAUAGACUUGUUUCCUCUUUUAAUACAUCUGAGAUCUGAGUGUGAUUUGUGUAAGUGUAUUUUUGGCAUUUUUUAUAACAAUUUUUUUUUUAUUAUUUAUUUAUUUAUUUUGUGUUUUUUGAAAAAACACAUUAUAGAUUUUUUUUGUUAGUAAAAGCACACCUAAAACCAUUAUUUUUUUUUUCGCAAUGUAAUAGUUUAACCUGGCGUUACUUUGCACAUGUGGAUUACAUGAUCUCAUAAAACCACCUUUCUUUAUUUUUUUUCCCUUUUCCCUCACCGCCACCACCACCGAUUAACUACCGCCCUCACCAGCACCAUCUCACCCAAUGAAGCUAAGCUACUCCCUUGAAAAACCGGAUAUUUUACCAAAACGGCUAAUUUGAGAAAAAUAUUUACCAAAACGGCUAAUUAUAAAAUUUAAUUCCCAAACUAGCUAAUUUAUUAACUUGGAAGUAAUUGUAUCUAUUUCUUAUUUUUCUUUGAACUUGUUUGGUUCACUUUAUUUUUUUUUUUAUUUUUUUUUUUGUUUUUCUUAAUAUUCAAAAAGAUUUUUUAAGUUGGAAAAUUUAAUCAAUAUACAAAAUACGGAGUAUGCAAAUAGUGGCAGUACUCUAAGUUUGAUUAAAAAAAAAUGCCUAAUUUUUCUUCUAGAUCAUAUCAAUCACAAAAAUUUGAAAUUUGAAAUAGUAAUGUUCUA